UGAAGGCGAAUGCGGUAGGCAACGAAAAAAAAAAACAAGCGAGCGGCGCCGGAGCGACAAGACUGCCACAGUUUACCUCCACAGCACAAGAUCAUAGUUUAGGAGCGGAGAUUUCACGCCCUGCCGGGUCGUGUUACCGUCAGAGGCUGCUGAGGAUACUCCCGGGCUGAAACAAUAGAAAUGCAGUGUGGACUUGGCUGGUGACUGGUCUGCAGGCUCUCCACUUCUCUUGUCCCUGGAGUCAGCCAGUUGGGGGGCAGAUUCCUGCGUUCCCCUCUCAGUCGGAGUCUUUGUCUGUACAAAACCGCCCCGCCAUUGGAGUACACAGUUCGUCCUCGCCCGUGUUGCUCGGAUCAGCACAGCUCAUCUCCUGACUGAGGAGAGCGCAGCAGCUGCACAAGAUUCACCUUUUACCAACUGAUCCCUCCCGGCCCCGCCCACACUGCCCCAUCACCAUGGUGCUGUCACAACGGCAACGAGAUGAACUAAAUCGAGCGAUAGCCGAUUAUCUACGUUCCAAUGGAUAUGAAGAAGCAUAUUCCACUUUUAAGAAGGAGGCGGAAUUAGACAUGAAUGAAGAAUUGGAUAAGAAGUACGCCGGCCUUUUGGAAAAAAAAUGGACCUCAGUCAUCAGAUUACAAAAGAAGGUGAUGGAACUUGAAUCCAAACUGAAUGAAGCAAAGGAGGAGAUCACCCUGGGUGGGCCCGUCACACAGAAGCGCGACCCCAAAGAGUGGAUCCCACGCCCGCCAGAACGGUACGCGCUGAGUGGCCACCGCAGUCCGGUCACCCGCGUCAUCUUCCACCCAGUCUUCAGUGUCAUGGUGUCGGCUUCUGAGGACGCAACAAUAAAGGUGUGGGACUACGAGACAGGAGACUUUGAACGCACACUGAAGGGCCACACAGAUUCGGUGCAGGACAUCUCUUUUGACCAGACCGGAAAACUGCUAGCUUCCUGCUCUGCAGACAUGACUAUCAAGCUGUGGGACUUCCAAGGCUUCGAGUGCAUCAGGACCAUGCAUGGACAUGACCACAAUGUUUCGUCUGUAGCCAUCAUGCCCAAUGGAGACCACAUCAUUUCUGCCUCAAGGGACAAAACCAUGAAAAUGUGGGAGGUUGCAACUGGUUACUGUGUGAAGACCUUCACAGGCCACAGGGAGUGGGUCCGUAUGGUGCGGCCCAACCAGGACGGCACUUUGGUUGCCAGCUGCUCCAACGACCAGACGGUGCGCGUGUGGGUCGUGGCCUCCAAAGAGUGCAAGGCUGAACUGAGGGAGCAUGAGCACGUGGUGGAGUGCAUCUCCUGGGCGCCAGAGAGCGCCUACCCCACCAUCCUCGACGCCACAGGCUCUGAGUCCAAGAAGAGCGGUAAGCCAGGCCCCUUCCUGCUGUCUGGCUCCAGAGACAAAACCAUCAAGAUGUGGGAUGUUAGCAUUGGCAUGUGCCUUAUGACACUGGUUGGCCAUGACAACUGGGUGCGUGGUAUCCUCUUCCACCCAGGAGGCAAGUUUAUUGUGACUUGUGCGGAUGACAAGACCUUAAGGAUCUGGGACUACAAGAACAAACGCUGCAUGAAAACCCUGUGUGCCCACGAACACUUUGUUACCUCUCUGGAUUUCCACAAGGCUGCUCCCUACGUGGUCACUGGGAGCGUAGAUCAAACAGUAAAAGUGUGGGAGUGCCGCUGAUUUGGACCUCGGAGGAUUGGACCAACACCCCAAUUACCCAGGCGCUCCUCUGGAUCCCCACCACCCACCUCCUCCUCCUCCUCCUCUCCCAGCCAUUCCACCACCCCUUUCAUUCCACCUCCCCCCUCCUCCUCCUCCUCCUCAUCAUCCUCCACCUAACCUAAACCUCGCCCGCACAUCUUCAUCUCCUUUGGCUGCACUUACCACCAUGGUUAUUUACCCAUCGCGCUCUCUGGUCCAAUAACUUUUGUCCUUCUAUGUAAAUUAUUCCUGGAUGUAGAUCAAGCUAUUAAAUGUUACACAAAAAAGUAUUCUUGCAUGGUAAUCCAAAAUUGUAUACUGUAAAUUUACAUAACGUUGUCUAGAAGUACCAUAGGUUUAACACAGGGCUGGCCGUCUGUCACGCAGCCUUACCGACCAACCGAAGGCAGAUGUUUUUGACUGGGUGUAAAAUGUAGGGCACUAAAAAAAAAAAAAAAAACGAUAAUUUAAGAAAUGACAGUGUCUUUAUGUGUAAGAUUUAUUUUUGUCUAUUUUUUUAUUUAGGAUUUUUUUUUUUCUUUGUUAUUUCUCUCCUUCACUGUCGUAGUAUGUCGGUGCCUAGCUUGGUGAAACUCUCGAGAGAUAAGGCAGGAAAAAGCAUAUACGAUGCGAUAAGAUUGUCUGUGGGGCUUUGUUAUUGAAAUAAUCUGUAGCUUUAUAACAUCACUUCUCAAGUGUGCAUACCAUUUCUCUUCAUGUGGAACUAGGUAAUAUUUUAAUGGCUGUAUAUACGAAUGUUUCAAACUGUUGUCCUUGGACCUCGGGGGCUUAAAAAAAAACACAGCUUUGUACUCUUGUCAUGGUGGCACAUGAACUACUGCUAGGCUUUAGAUGAAUUAUCCCGUUUAAUAAAUUAUCUGCAGUCAACAAUUAAAUGUUUUAAACUUAGCUUUGUGAAUAGCAGCUCUGAGCUAUUCACCAGAAGCCCGAUUUAGCCUGUUUGGCUUUUUUUUUUUCUUUUUUUUUUUUGCUGACAGUGAGCGCCCUGGGUCAUAGCAGCAACCUGAGCAGAGUUCAGGGAUUAAAACCAUUUCUAAUCUCUAGCACUUGAUAAAGACCCUGGGUGUGUCUCCCCCUCUGUAGGAGAUCAUUUCCCGUGACCUUGCAUGUCAGACGUUUGUCGAACUGAAUCCUCUGUCCCACCUCUAGGACCCUGACCGGUCGGUCCUGGCGGGGGUUUUGUGUAAUAUAGGAAUUAUAUAGAAGAUGCUCAGUUGUCCCAUGGCGCCUCUGAAGGCUACAAACAAGAGCCUGAGGAGGAAGCAAAAAGGCAUGACGAGGAGUCAAAGUGAGCCCCCCAGGUUUGAUAUCUGGGAUGUGCAAAGAUAUCACAUUUCUGAGGGGUGAAAUAUGUUCUGCAUAAUAAAAAUGGUUUUGAGUAAAAAAAAGAAAAAAAAGGAAAAAAAAGAAAAAAAAAAAAGAUCAGCUUUCUGUGAAAAUAUGAAAUGUAAAUUUAGCUUGUUAUUAAGAGAUUUGGCAGUUUUGUAAUAUCGCACUAAAGGAUGAACUGGAUGGGAAUUUAGGAUUAGUGAGGAAACGCUAGCAGCGGACAUGCUAAGUGAUCUGUGUAUGCUGUUUUUGUCUGUAGAGCGGUCUGACGCUGACGUACUGAAGGAUCUCUACAGGCGAACUUCCACAGACCGCCUCACACACACGUAUGCACACGUCUCCUGAGUGGCUCUCCUCAAACGUUCGGCGUUUGAUCUUUUGUGGAACAGUAACAGUUAAAACAGGACGGCUAUUUUUUUUUUUCUUUUGGGAAAGACUGGAAAAUAACUGUAAUCCAGUCCACGCUGUAGAAAACAACCAUUCCACUCCCCUUGGAGGAAAACAAUGAAACAUCUUGCCUCUAACUAAAGCUGGCAAGGUGAUUCAUUAAUCUUGCACAUCCCUGUUUUCACUAAAUCUUUGGUCCUUUUAACGACGAUCAAAGACAACAUUAAGAUUUAAUGAUGUUGAUAAAUGCAUAAACCUAUAAUUUUUUUUUUUGAUUAGCCUUUUCAUUCCAAUGCAGUUCUUGGCUAAUAAAGACUUCCACUGCUUAACUGAACUUCUUAUCUUAGCUUCUUUGCCAAGUUUUCCUCUUCCUGUGUGUACUGGAUGUGGUGAUCUGCUGCUCAAGCUCCUGCUAGUGGCUACUGUGAGCCUAAUGUGACCUGUUGAUGUAGCACUGCUGCAUGUUAACCUGCGCCAGAGGCAAAGCUGUCAGAACAAUAUUCCUUUUUAAAAAAACAAAAAAAAUACCAGAGCCGCCUUAUCAGAGACUAAUUGGUUUGAAUGAUGAGGAGAGAAACUUUUCGUCUCUGUGUGCUCAAAGGAAAAAGGCUGGCUCGGCAGGUUCAGACAGCUCUGUUUCUCGGUUGUGGAAGGGCUGGUUUUGAUGUUUGUGAUGCUAUUUGAAAGAGGUUUACAGCCUCCUUCGUCUGUAAAUGCAAUGGGAUUGUGGCAGACUAGGAUUUUCCAAAGGAGAAACCCUCUCUCUUUCAGGGAAUAUUACUGAUGUCUCCCUUUGGUGUGCGCCCUCAACUAAGGUUUUUUUUUUCUCCUUUCCUACAAGCUGUUCUCUGUCCAGGAGAGAAUCAGCUAAUCUUCUAGUGCAAUUUGGCAUGGUUGAUAAAAAUGCCAAGUUGUUAAAUGUUCUAGCUGAAGCCAAAAAUGGAGACAUUUGUCAGUACAAUCUGGUUUAUCUCGAGAAAUCAGCCUCCUUGUUGGUCCGAUACAAUGUGACCAACUUGUGAAAAUGAUCCUUGUUCCCUCAGGAUCACGUUAUGACACUCCAGACUGUAAAAUAGAAAUUAAAAACCACCUCCUUUCCUUGGUUUCAAGGCAAGGAAGGCGGUAAAUCAAAGGUCAGGACGAUGUGUGUUCUGUUUCUUUUGUAAGAAUCGGAGGAACACAGCUGCUGGUGUCGUAUGCAAGUGUGUGUCCUGUUGAAGAAAACCCCCCCUUUGACAUUCGCAGGUCCCAAGCAAUCCCUGUGCUCUCUGGUCUGGUCUGGUCUGGUGUGGUGUGGUGUGGUGUGUGUGAAGGGACCCACAGACAGGUUUUUCACUGUCUGUGGGUCGUUUCCUCCGGCCUCAAGUCCACCUGUCCUCUGUAACCUGCCUGUGAACCACAUCUGAGGGCUUCAGACUGCACAACAAGCUCCUACAGGAGAGCUCAUGAUGUUUUCGCCACUAUGGUCUCACUCUUCACUCAGCAAACUGUUAACAAUAUACCUGGAUGUCAUUAUUGUUUGCGAUAUAAUAAAAGAAGAAAUCUGCA